AUGUCCUUCUUUUUCGAUCUUUCUUUCUUAAUUUUCUUUCUUUUAUUCUUUCUCGAUCUAACUUUCUCCUCUAUUUUCUUUCUUAAUUCUCACUCUUUCUUUCUUUCUUUUUUUCUUUCUUUCGUUCUUUCUUUUAUUUACUAUUUCUCUUCUUUGUUUCGACAUCUUUCUUUUUCUUCAUUUUUUCUUUUUCGAUUUUUCUCGGUCUUUUUCUUUUUUCUUUCUCGAUCUAACUUUGUCUAUUUUCUUUCUUCACGGUCUUCCUCUUCUUUCUUGUUUCUUUUUUCUUUAUUUAUCGAUCUAUCUGUUUCUUUCUUUCUUUCUUUCUUUCUUUUUUUACUAUUCCUCUUCUUUCUCGGUUUUUUAUUUUUCUUCUUACUCUAUUUAACUUUCUCCUCUACUUUCUUUCUUGCUAUUCGGUCUUUCUUUCUUUCUUUCUUUCUUUCUUUCUUUCUUUCUUUCUUUCUUUCUAGUUCUCUUCUUUCUCGGCUUUUUCUUUUUCUUCUUACUCGAUUUAACUUUCUCCUCUACUUUCUUUCUUGCUUUUCGAUCUUUCUUUCUUUCUUUCUUUCUUUCUUUCUUUCUUUCUUUCUUUCUUUCUUUCUUUCUUUUUUUCUUUCUUUCUUUAUUUUACGUCUUUCUUUCUUUCUUUCUUUCUUUCUCCAUCUUUAUUUUACUUCUUUCUUUCUUUCCUUCUUUCUUUCUUUACCGAUCUUUCUCGUUUUUUUUCUUUUUUCUUUCUCGAUCUAA